AUGUUUCUUUGGCUUCUGUUUCUUUCUUUCUUUUUUCUUUCUUUCUUUCUUAAACUUCUAUCUAUUCCCUUUCUUUCUUUCUUUCUUUCUUCACUUAUCUUAUUCACGAGAAGAUUUAUUUGGCUUAUAUUUCUUUCUUUCUUUCUCUCUUUCUUUUUUAGGCUUCUGUCUCUUUUCUUUUAUUUCUUUCUCUUUCCUAUUCUUUCUUUUCUUUUCUUUCUUUCUUUCUUUCUUUCUUUCUUUCUUUCUUUCUUUGCUUCCUACUUCUUUCCUCUUAUUUCCUGUUCUUUCUUUCUUUCUUUCUUUCUUUCUUUCUUUUUUCUUUCUUUCUUUCUUUGCUUCCUAUUAUUUCCUUUUCUUUCUUUCUUUCUUUCUUUCUUUCUUUCUUUCUUUCUUUGCUUCCUAGUUAUUUCCUUUUUAUUUUUCUUUCUUUCUUUCUUUCUUUCUUUCUUUUUGCUUUCUUUUCUUUGCUUUCUUUUCUUUUCUUUCUUUCUUUCUUUCUUUUCUCUUUCCUCUUAUUUCCUGUUCUUUCCUGUUCUUUCUUUUUUCUUUCUUUUGCUUCCUAGUUAUUUCCUUUUCUUUCUUUCUUUCUUUCUUUCUUUCUUUCUUUUAUCUCAUUUCAUAAACUAUAAUUCCUAUAUGAGUUCACCUCUUUCGUCCUCACUUUUUCCUUCGUUCAUUUCUUCUCUUUCCGGAUAUAAAAUCGGUUUCGUUUUAUUAUCGAUACGCAGUUUCUUUAUUAUCUAUUCUGUUUCUAUCUAUCUAUCUCUAUAUCUAUCUAUCGCAGGUUGUUUAUUAUCUAUCUAUCUAUCUAUCUAUCUAUCUAUCUAUCUAUCUAUCUAUCUAUCUAUCGAGCAGUUUUGUUUAUUAUCUAUCUAUCGAGCAGUUUUGUUCAUUAUCUAUCUAUCUCUGAUUCUAUCUAUCUAUCUAUCUAUCUAUCUAUCUAUCUAUCUAUCUAUCUAUCUAGCAGUUUUGUUUAUUAUCUAUCUAUCUCAGUUUGAUUCUAUCUAUCUAUCUAUCUAUCUAUCUAUCUAUCUAUCUAUCUAUGUUUAUAUCUAUUUCUGUUUAUAA